GCAAACUUCCUGCAUGAGUAAACUUGCGGAUGUGUGCAAGGAUCUAGAUCCUCAGAGCCCACCGAGUUGUCAAGCAGCUCAAGAUAGCUUAAAAAUAGAAAUCGGGCAUAUACGAAUUUUGGGAGUCACAUCAAGUUCAUCUCUGACCUUGGCAUUUGGUCUCAGCUGUAGUAGUACUUUGGUGACUCCGCACGAGCCGACGGUGUUUGUCCUCCACGGGGUUUUCGCGUGCAUUCUCGGGGUCAAGGAUGGCCCAGAGGUGUGGAUCGGUCGCAAAACAGCUGGGAAGUACAGUACUUAUACAACUCACCACACGCGUACGGUAGCGGGAACACAAACCGCAACAUUCAUGGCAAAACCUCUAUUUAUCGCAGAGAUCCUCCGCGUCAUCAUUGCUGAACUUGCUGCAGAUGACAAGCAAUCCCUUGCUCGCCUUGCGCAGACGUCCAAAAUAUUUGCAGAUCCAUGCCUGGACGGCCUAUGGCAUACCAUGGGCUCGUUCAUCCCAUUUAUCCCUCUACUUCCUAGAAGUCGCCUCAAGACACUUAGUCGCCCCGGGGUUCGCAUUCAACGUACUGGAGAAUGGGAGUCUUUUGACAAAUACGCUCGCCGCGUUCGGGUAUACCGUCAGACAGAUGACGUUAGUUACCCAAAAGCGUAUCAAGUGGCCUCUUGCAUGCGCGAGAAACACCUAUUUCCCAAUUUACGUGACCUUGGCUGGCGCAAUACUGGUGGUUGUUCCUUGGAGUCUUGGUCCCUCCCUUCAUCAUUGCGGUCCCUCACUAUCUUCGAAAACCCUAUGGUUGGCAUCGAGCUUUUCCUACAUCAGGUAGCACAUGAUGCUCCUGAGCUCGAAACACUACAGAUCAAUUGUAGUUUUCCCGUAGGGUCGGCACCAUGUAGUACUGUGGCCCCUUUGCCCUUCAACCGCCUCGAAUAUGUUACCCUCAUAUUUCCUGAUCUUGCUAGAAUUGACAUCUGUCACACUCUCUCCUUGGCCCCGAUCACGGACCUUGCAGUCAUGCUCAGCAGCUCGAAGAGGAUGUGGCAGCCGGGUUCUUUGUUUCAUGGUCUGGAGAGAUUGACCAUCUUUGGGGACCCUGCGUUGGCGAGCUUAUUCGUCAAGUGUGUUGGCAGCACGCGUCUACGCACCAUGUAUCUGGUGCUACUAGGUGAAGACGCCACUCUCUCGCACUGUCAGGAGCUUCUUGCGGUCUUGUUCAAGACGCAUGGACAGUCACUACAGUGUCUUUAUCUCAACAUCGAUGGAGAGAGCCUAUCCCUGGAAGAUCCCUCCGUCAUAGAUCAACUUAUGAACAAAUUUUUGAGCGAAUUGCGUCUUCGUGUGCACGGAAGCGGCGUGGAAAGGGUCCACGUCGUCUUACAAGGCCUACCAGACCACAUUGUACAGGGGGGUUCGGUUGUAGUAACCCAAUUUAUAAAUGCCGCAUGGACUCAGAGGGCCCUGCUGCAAAUCCCAUUAUUCCGAGAUGCUAAAGCAAGUGCUUACAACUUAGACUAUUUUCAUCUCCCUAACAAGUUGAACUACUAG